AUGGAAUACCCUCCACAAUAUCAACAGCCUCAUGGCCAGCACCCUCACGCUCCCUCUCACAUGGCCGGCCCUUACCAAACAGCGCCACAGAACGCAGGUUCAACUGUUGGGUCGAUGUCGUCCCCCACAAAUCCACAGGGACACAUGCAGCAGCCUCACCCUGCCCAUCAAGGGUCUUCAAUCGUCCCAUCGCAAUCCCAUUACCAGCAGGCUCAGAAUGCCCCAGGCUCGGUACAUCAGCAGAUGAACUUUCCUCAGUCAUAUGGCGUUCCAACGGCUAUGCCUCAGCCCAGCCGCGUCUGGGCAAUUCUACCCACUUCACCAAGACUCGAUGGCUGGCCAGAUGGCACAAGGCCCCGUGGUUCUCCUCGCAUGGCCGGAGUACAAGUGAAAGGUGACCGGAAUCCGCGAUCGCCGCCGCAGAUUUCAGGACAGAUGCCCCCAAUGGGCACUCAACUGUCCAUGUCCCAAAAUGCCCAGAUGCAACAGCGUCGUAUGAGUCAUGUCGGUAGCCCACAUGUCCAGACUGCUCAACCCGUGCUCAAUCAUGUUGCUCGCUCUUCGGUUCCCCCGCCGAUGGCGCCGCCUCCUCAGCCUGUUCAGCAAAGCCAACCGUCACCGGAGCUUGUCGCCGGUGCUGCCGAGGAGUCUCCCUUGUAUGUCAACGCGAAGCAAUUCCAUCGCAUUCUGAAACGCCGGGUUGCCCGACAGAAGUUGGAGGAACAGUUGCGGCUCACGUCAAAGGGCCGUAAACCUUAUUUACACGAGUCGCGUCACAAUCACGCCAUGCGACGGCCGCGCGGUCCCGGUGGAAGAUUCUUGACGGCCGACGAAGUAGCCGCUAUGGAAAAGAAACAAGCGGCUACCGCUGCGGGCUCGGGUCAAGAAAACGUGGACUCCGGAAAGCCUGCCGGAGAGAACCCUUCAUCCGCGCAAAAACGGAAGUCUAGUGAAGUGAACGACGACAACGCGAACUCAGCCAAAAAAUCUAAGACUGGUGGAGCUACUCGAUCAGCUGAGGAUAGCGAACGUGAAUCUGCAGAACCAACCGAUGAGGAUGGUUAG